GGCCUCUUAUUGGCCAUCUAUCAACUCACACCAUUAUCCUUCAUCUCUUCACAUUUCAUAUACCAUUCUUCCUCAUCUCGAUCACCUCCCAGCAAAUAUAUCAUAUCAAAAAUGGCAUCUCAUCAAGUUCCCUUAUUCCUUCAGCUUCUUAUGGCGGCUUGUCUGGUGGCAUCCGCCAUGGCCGCAAAUUUCAACCAAGACGUCCAAAUGUAUUUUGGCAAUGGACGGGGUAAAGUGAUGCAAGGCGGCAACAUGGCAGCUCUCACUCUCGACAGGGAAUCGGGUUCCGGCUUCCAAUCCACCAAAGAAUACCUUUUCGGCAGAUUCGAUAUGAAGGUCAAGCUUAUCCCCGACAACUCUGCCGGAACCGUCACCACUUUCUACUUAUCUUCUCUAGGAGACAGGCAUGACGAAAUUGAUUUCGAAUUCCUCGGCAACGUCUCCGGCCAGCCUUACACCAUCCACACCAAUGUAUACUCUCAAGGGAAAGGCGGCAGGGAGCAGCAAUUCCAUCUCUGGUUCGACCCCACCGCCGCCUUCCACACUUACUCCAUUCUUUGGAACUCUCAGCGCAUCAUCUUCCUCGUCGACAACAUUCCCAUCAGAGUUUACCGCAACCAUGAGAGUAUCGGGGUCCCGUUCCCCAAGGAUCAGCCCAUGAGGGUCUACUGCAGCUUAUGGAACGCAGACGACUGGGCUACGCAGGGGGGCCGUGUCAAGACUGAUUGGACUAAGGCACCUUUCACAGUUUACUACCAGAACUUCAAUAUUGAUGCCUGCGUCGUCUCCGGCGGCCGCUCGUCUUGCGAUUCCACGUCCUCCGCUGAUCCGGCCAACAACAAUCAGGCAUGGCAGACGCAGGAUAUUGAUGCGAGUGGGAGGAAUAGGUUGAGAUGGGUGCAGAGCAAAUAUAUGGUUUACAAUUACUGUGCGGAUUCCCAGAGGUUUCCUGGAGGUUUUCCUGCAGAUUGCAAGAACUCAAGAUUCUGAUUUUAUUGGGAUUGUAAUUCUUUAAUUUGUGAUAGAUCCACGUAGAGAGUAUUAUGUACUAAAUUAUAAAAUUAAUGAAAUUCUUUUAUUCUUAGUUCUAUAUAUAUCCACGUAUAUAAUUCCAAUUUCAAACUA